CUGAAAGUGAAAAAGAAGUGGCUCUUCCCGGCCUCCUGUGGCUUUUUCUUCCUGCUCUCGAUGGUCAUGAUUGGCUGCUUCCUGUGGCAGUAUCACCUCCCCAAGCUGAAGACUGGUUCCUUGGGACCAGAGGUGACCUCUGCCCCCAUGAGGAUGUGUCCCCGGCACCCUGAGCCUGUGCCCCUGGCGCACCCCCUCCCCGUGUUGAAGGAGGCCCUGCAGAAGGUGGACAAGAUCCUGCGGCAGGCAAUGUCUGCCCCAGGCCUGGCUGCCAUGUCUGCGAUUGUCAUCCACAAUGACACCGUGCUCUGGACGGGGAACUUUGGGAGGAAGAAUGGCUCAGACCCAACUUCUGGGCCCCCCAAUGAGUACACCAUGUACCGGAUUGCCAGCAUCUCCAAGGUCUUUCCCGUCCUCAUGCUGUACCGCCUGUGGGAGGAGGGCAUCGUAACCUCUCUGGAUGACCCUCUGGAGCGGUAUGCUGAUGGCUUCACCAUUAACAACCCGCUGGGAGUGACAUCAGCUCCUGAACGGCGGAGCCUGAUUGAUGGGCUGGAGGAGGUGGGCACAGCUCCCAGGCCUUCAUCCGUCACCCUCCGAAGGAUGGCCAGUCAGCUCUCAGGCCUGCCCAGAAGGCUCCGCUCCACUUCUCUGCUGUGGAAGGGCAGCACCCAGGAGGCCCUGAGUCUGCUCAAGGAUGAUGUGCUGGUGGCCGACCCAGGAACCAGGUGCCAUUACAGCACGCUGGCCUUCUCCCUUCUGGCUCAUGUCCUGGCAGCCCACACACCCCAGGGUGACUACCAGCGCUGGAUCUCGGAGAACGUGCUGGAGCCCCUGGGGCUGGAGGAUACGGGCUUUGACCUCACACCCGCCGUGCGCUCUCGCCUGGCAGCUGGCUUCUACGGCAGCGGGCGGCCGGCGCCGCUCUAUGACCUGGGUUGGUAUCGGCCCUCGGGCCAGAUGUACUCCACCCCUGCCGACCUGGCCAAGCUGGCCACCGUGCUCUUGGGCAGCGGGUCCCAGCGGUUCCUGCGGCCCGACGCAGCCAAGACACUGCUGGCGCCGCUACUGGCCUGCCCGGGCGCCUACUUCGCCAACCAGACAGGCACGCCGUGGGAGUUCCACACGCAGCGGGGCUACAGCCUGGUGCGCAAGGACGGCGACCUGGACGGCUACGCCGCCACCUUCUCGCUGGUGCCCCAGCUGCGCCUGGGCCUCGUGCUGCUGCUGGCCGGGCCGCGGCCUCCCGGGCCCGACCUGGUGGCGAGGGCCUACGACGUGCUCCUGCCCGCCAUGGAGAGGGCCUUCCGGGAGACCGCGCGCAGCCCAGCCCCGCCGCCCAGCGCGCGCCCCUUCGCCGGCUACUUCACCUUCGCCAACCUGACCUUCUACGAGGUGCGCGCCGGGCCGGCGGGCGAGCUGCACCUGCGCCAGUUCGGGCCCCGCGUGGAGGCGCUGGUCCCCGCCGCGUUCCGCACCCUGGCGCUGCGCCACCUGCGCGGCCGCGUCUUCCAGCUGCACGUGGCGCGCGAGUUCCCGUGCGCGCUGCCACUCGGCGACGCCUGGCUCUCGCUCGAGGCCCAGCACGGGCAGCUCGUCAACUUCUAUCCCUUCGACGGGCACGGGCUGUCCCCUGGCUUUGACGUGCCGGGCCUCAACACGUACCACGUUCUGCGGCUGCCGCGCAAGCCCGUAUUCAGGGGACAGUGA